GUGUAGUGUAUAUAUAUAUAUAGGAAGUGGGAGAGCACAGGAGUCAUUCAGUGCCUUCGGUUGUGGACGUCUACACUGUAUUCGCUCCUCACUGUCCUAAACUAGUGGCGUCAUCUUCCUGUCUCAUCUUUCAGCCUACUCGUUUAUAAGCAUCCAGCAGCAGUUAUGGGGUGGAUAGCUGUGUCAGUGGUUGCUCUGAUGACUGCGGUCGUGACGACAGUGGGUAGCACCGUCCCUCACUGCUUUGCUGACAACAACAGCAACCCUUCCAGAAGCUUUAACACAGACCUCAGUGGCAUCAGCGACUUCGGCUUCGACCUCUACAGGGAGCUCUCCAGCAAGGGCACAGCCAAGAACUUCUUUUUCUCCCCUUACAGCAUAUGGACAGCACUUACCCUGAGUUACCUCGGGUCAGCGGGAAAUACAAAGACCCAGUUGGAAGCCAGUCUCAGGGUUACUGGCAAAACAUCAACAUUGAGGCUGUGGCGAGCACUUGAAACUAUGUACGCUCAGCGGGCCGCCUCCAACCCUCAGUACACCUUCAACAUGGCCAACCGUGUCUACUUCGACAACAUUCUUCACCUUCGACCUUGCAUUACUAACAUCCUCCACAAAGAGCUGCAUAUUGUCGACUUCUCCGAUGUUCAUGGAACUUCAACUAGUAUCAACGAGUUCGUGUCUAGCACCACUAAGGGCCGCAUUCCUGAGCUGGUUACCCCAGAUGACAUGGUGGACGCUCUCAUGGUGCUGGUCAACGCAGCUUACUUCAAGGGGACCUGGAGGUACCAGUUCAAACCUUCCUCCACCACAACCCAGAGUUUCUUCGUCAGCUCCAGCAACUCUGUCGAUGUGCCCAUGAUGAAGCUCAAGACCAAUCUCAGGCUAGCUCAGUCGACGGAGCUGGGAGCCCAAAUUCUGGAACUGCCUUAUGCUGGCGACGUCAUCUCCAUGUUGCUGCUGCUGCCAGAUGUGGAAGGAGAGGCAGGGUUCUCCAACAUGGUGUCAGCCCUGAGUGGUGGGUCCCUCUCCAGGGUCACCAGCGGAUGGAGUUCACAACGUGUGCUCGUAGAGCUUCUCCUGCCCAAGUUUAAACUGGAAAAGACGCUCAAGAAUGAGUUGAAGGAGGGCCUCAUAAACCUGGGCAUCCGCGACCUGUUCAACAGCUCUCUGGCUGACCUGACGGAUUUCGUAGAAGAAAACCAUCUCAGCGUCAGUAAGACCAUCCACAAGGCCUUCGUUGAGGUGUCUGAGGAGGGCACGGAGGCGGCGGCGGCGACGGCGUUGAUAGCCUACACAAGGUCCAGCUUCAGCAAGGCAUAUCAACUUGUCCACAAGUUCCACUGCAACAGACCCUUCGUGUUCAUCAUUCACGACAACCAGGCCAAGAACGUGCUCUUCAUGGGAGCUUACAAGUCUCCCCCUAGAGACAGUAGGAAAAUAAGCGGUGGGUGGAGAAAUUAAACACAGGCAUUGAGAUGAAAUGAAAAAAAAAUUCUUAAAAUUAUAUAAUGGGAGAGACAGAGAUCCAUAUAGAGAGAGAAGUAUAGGAAUGACUGAAAUAUAGUAAAUAUAUUUAAGUGUAUAUAAGAAAGCUGCUCCCAUUUCCUUGCGAAUAAGAACAGACGUUGAUUUGAACCAUGGUCCGGUUUUCUGUUUAUUCGUUCUCAUUCGGUGAAAGAAUAAAUAUAAGAACGGUUGA